UUUCCCCUUUUCCGUCGCCAUCCUGAGCGCAGCAGAGGAGGAGACAUAGCGGACUGACUCGGUCGGGUUUUUCAGUGAUGCGUUUCUAGGCAGCGGGACCUCGUGGAAAGAAAAGGACAUUUUUUUUCGUUUUUAACGGACUCUGCGUUUCGGUUGGGUUUGGAGAAGCCACAGAGUGAUAUCUGUGCCCGAGAAACUCGCUUCGAUAAAGAGGGAGGCGUGAAAGGAAAACUUUUUUUUUGUGCCAAGGUGAAGAAAUCGAGGUUUGUUGUUGCGAACGAGUCAAAAGUUGGGGAUGUCUCUCUCGGUGCCUCAGAACGGUGUGAAGGGGGAUAACGAACCCGUCAUCGAGCUUUUUGUGAAGCAGGACCAGCCCCUUUGUUGCCAUAGAAACCAGGCAAACCUUGCCCCUGCUGGCGGCUGAUAAUGCAGUCAUCUCCCUUCCUCCCUCCUCCCUGUACAGCCGCACCUGCUGGCCAUCUUCACCACGUGCGGGCAGUGAUGGAGAAAGUAUCGGCAACUGUCCAUUUUCUCAGCGUCUCUUCAUGAUCCUGUGGCUGAAGGGUGUGGUCUUCAACGUCACCACUGUGGACCUUAAGAGAAAACCAGCUGAUCUGCAGAAUCUGGCCCCAGGAACCCAUCCUCCCUUCAUCACCUUUAACGGAGAGGUCAAGACAGAUGUCAACAAGAUCGAAGAGUUCCUAGAGGACGUCCUCUGCCCUCCAAAGUACUCUAAACUUGGUGCCAGACACCCAGAAUCCAACACUGCAGGGAUGGAUAUAUUUGCCAAGUUCUCUGCCUUCAUUAAGAAUUCCAAACCUGAUGCCAACGAGGGUUUGGAGAGGGGGCUUCUGAAGACCUUGCAGAAGUUGGAUGAGUACCUUUGCUCUCCUCUGCCGGAUGAGAUCGACCACAACAGCAUGGAGGAAGUGAAGGCCUCCACACGCAGGUUCCUAGAUGGUGAAGAGAUGACGCUGGCUGACUGCAACCUGCUGCCCAAACUCCACAUCGUUAAGGUGGUGGCGAAGAAGUACAGAGGCUUUGAGAUGCCUAAAGACAUGACAGGCAUCUGGAGGUACCUGAACAAUGCCUACAAGCGUGAGGAGUUCACCAACACGUGUCCCAGCGACAAGGAGGUCGAGAUCGCCUACGCUGACGUAGCAAAGCGACUUGUCAAAUAAUGGCUAAAAAUCUCCUCCACCCCGCUCCCCGCGCUGGGACUGUUUAUAUUCCAUCACGAGAGAGAGAGA